UGAUAUCCUUGUUGUACCUUGGUUCUAUGCUCUUCUGUUUGAUUUAGACACAGUGAAAAGUAUUUUACUUCAAAUUUUAAUUACCUAAGUACUCUUCGGUUGAAAACAAUGUCUACUGUCAUCUGUCAAAUCAUACGCCAUACAAUUACGAAUCAGAUUGUCAGUUUGCUUGAAUCGUUAUAUUUCAAAUUUGCAGAAGAUCGUACUUAUAAAGACAUAACACAGAAAAGUGACGAUGAUUUAAGAGACCUUAUUGAAAAUAAUAAAACUUUAAAACAGAAAAUUGAUAUAAAACUUAAGGAACUUCAGCAUCAACAAAAACAAUAUGAAACUUUCAAGCAAGAUCAGAAACUUUUGAUUCAAGAAAUUAAAGAAAAACAUGAAGCAUUUUUGAUGGCAAAGAAAUAUUAUAAGAAAUUCUUAAGAAUGUAUUUCACAAUUGAAUCCAGAAGUAAUGAUAGCCAAACUAUAUUUGUACAAUUUUUUAACGAAGCAAGAAAAGACUCUGAAAAAUACAGUGUUCGGUUACUAAGAAACAUCUGUAAAUGCAAAUAUGAAUUGCAAAGUACAAAUCCACAGUUAAAAAACAUCAAAGAGCUACAAAGGAAACUUCAAGAUACCAAUGAUGUGCCCGGCAUCCUGAGUUGCAUCAGAAAAUCUUUUUUAACAAUAAAAGAUUCAACAAAACGUUAGUCACAUAAGUUCUUGAUUUUGACCAUAAAUUAAUUAGGAUAAGGUGUGAAAUAAAAUGUAAUAUUAUUAUAUUAAAAUACUUUAUUAAAAUCAUUCAACAAAUAUAAAAUAGUUGCAAUUCCAUCCUGAGGUAAUAAACUGGCUCAUUCACUUCACAACUGUUAUAUAUAAAUCUUUUAUAUAUUAUAAAUAUUUUUCUCUAUAUUGGAAAGAAUUAACAAGACAAUUUUAUGUCCCAUCAAAUAUGUAUACUACCAACAUAUAAAUAAAAUUUGUACAUUUCCAUUAAUAUUAAUUGCUUAAAAGAACUACAAUUUAACAAAUAUC